CCCACCCACGUGGACCGGUAAAUACACAAAGGUCAAGAAGACUGACCACAGCUAGCUAUAGCUAGCUAGCUAUAUUAUUGAUGUCAAGUCUACCCCGUCUACUGAUGCAUGGACUACGCUCGGGCCGUCUACAAGCUUCCUCAGCACCAGCAGUACAGCCGACCCAUCUCCCGGGAACUGAGAUCCAACCACAUGCCUCUACCAAUACCCAUACCCCAACAAUCAACGCAGAGUCACCGCUGACACCAGAGACCCACUCUCAGACAGUUAUACAGUCCCCCUACUUUCAUGGCAGUGGUGCGGCCGAUCACACGAUGGGCGGUGGAGGAGGUCUCGACGAUUUGGAGGACUUUAAUUUUGAUGCCGGUUACGUAAUAUCAUCCAAGCUCUCGGAUAUGGUUGCCAAUGGCGCUUUCAGUUAUCCCCCAACUUAUAGUAACUCCGUCAAUCACCACCCACACGACUCACAUCUGACACGCCCACACUCUUCACACCCACUCCAAAAUCGUAUCAAAACAGAACCAGGAAUGUCCUACGAAUGUCCACCGUCCACACAGUAUGGAAUCAAGACAGAGCCUGGAAUGGAACAAUUCCCCACAGUUACUAUAAAACAAGAGCCUGGACUAGCUACCACACAGGAGCAGUCUGGCAUCCACACCAUUGCUAGAGUCAAAAGGGAGCCUGGACUGGCUACCACACAAGAGCAGUCUGGCAUCCACACCAUUGCUAGAGUCAAGACGGAGCCUGGACUGGCUACCACACAAGAGCAGUCUGGCAUCCACACCAUUGCUAGAGUUAAGACGGAGCCUGGACUGGCUACCACACAAGAGCAGUCUGGCAUCCACACCAUUGCUAGAGUCAAGAGGGAGCCUGGACUGGCUACCACACAAGAGCAGUCUGGCAUCCACACCAUUGCUAGAGUCAAGACGGAGCCUGGGGAUGCGACUGUUAAGACAGAGAAGGAGGAAAGCUGGGAGCCUCCGCUCUGGAGGGUACAGUAUCAGAACAUCUGUCAGAUGAGGUCAGAGAGGACGGCUCCAGUGGACACACAUGGCUGCUUCAUGUUAGCACAGAAGGAUGUGGCUCCUCGUGUACGACGCUACCAGGUGCUGGUGUCUCUAAUGCUAUCAAGUCAGACCAAGGACCAGAUUACUGGGAAAGCCAUGACCAACCUCAAGAAGCACGGCCUCACUGUCGACAACAUCCUCACCACCCCCACAGAGGACAUCGCAAAGAUGAUCAAUGUAGUCGGGUUUUGGCAUAAGAAGUCCGACUACAUCAAGAGGACCACUGAGAUGCUAGCCAGCAAAUACAAUGGAGACAUCCCUAACACCUUGAAGGAUCUAAUGUCACUGCCAGGAGUGGGCCCUAAGAUGGCUAACUUGGUGAUGGACUUUGCCUGGGGCCAAGUGACUGGUAUUGCCGUGGAUACACACGUUCAUCGAAUCUCUCACAGACUGGGCUGGAUGACCAAACAAACCCCAACACCUGAGGCCACUAGAAUAUCCCUGGAGAAAUGGCUACCCAUGUCAGAAUGGAGCAACCUCAACCUAAUGAUGGUGGGUUUCGGCCAAACCAUAUGCUCCCCUCAACGCCCUCAUUGCGGGGACUGCCUCAACAGGAACAUCUGCCCCUCGUCCCUGGACUGUAAUGAUGCUACAAUGGGUGGACUAGUUGGACACUUUACCCCGGGCGCUCUCACGACAGGAAAGAAGAAGAAGAAGAGCAAGAGUGCCACACCCAUUAAGGGGGAAUCCCUUGAUGCCACGCCCACUGAUGAGGUGAUUGUAGUACCUAUUACUACACCGAAUAGGAAGAAACGGAAACUGGACAAAACUUGAGACAAUGUAACAGUGUAGCUAGCAGCUAUUCCUAGGGUAUCAGUUUGGCAUGCUCUUUCAUCCUCAUUCAUGCGUAUCAUUCAUAAUUAUUGCUCGUUGUUUA